CUAGGUUUCGUCAUUCCAAUGUGGGCGUGGCCCGUUUGAUGCCGGCUUCCUAUUGGCCAGCGGGCUGUAACCGUUUGACUUUGGCCGUUCUUGCCGUACUUUCCUGUCAGAUCGGCACUCGGGACGGAGACAGCUAGCGGAGCGGCCGGAUACACGGAUACCGAAACACUGCAUUCCGCCUAUAUUGGAUUACACACCCGGCCAGGGUUACGGGCCAACACCAUGACGGACAUCGCCACACCGCUCGCCCAACACACACAGCAGGUACGGGCGGGGGGCCGGGAGAGGGGGGGCCAGGGGUCUGACAUUGGGGGACCGUCCGGGGGCCGACAUGGGGGAGGGAGGGGGGGACGUCCGGGACCGACAUGGGGAGGAAGGGGGGACUGUCCGGGACUGACAUGGGGAGGGAGGGGGGACUGUCCGGUGACUGACAUGGGGAGGAAGGGGGGGACUGUCCGGGGACGACAUGGGGAGGGGGGGACUGUCCGGGACUGAAUGGGAGGAGGGGGACUGACAUGGGGAGGAAGGGGACUGUCCGGGGGCUGACAUGGGUGAGGGGGGGACUGUCCGGGGACCGACAUGGGGAGGAAGGGGGGCCUGUCCGGUGACUGACAUGGGGAGGGAGGGGGGGACCCGGGACCGACAUGAGGGAGGGGGGGACUGUCCGGGGACUGACAUGGGGAGGAAGGGGGACUGUCCGGGACUGACAUGGGGAGGGAGGGACAGUCCGGGACUGACAUGGGGAGGAAGGGGGACUGUCCGGGGACCGACAUGGGGAGGGAGGGGACUGUCCGGGACUGAAUGGGGGGAGGGGGAUGACAUGGGGAGGAAGGGGGGACUGUCCGGGGCUGACAUGGGGAGAGGGGGGGACUGUCCGGGGACUGACAUGGGGAGGAAGGGGGGGGCCGUCCGGUGACUGACAUGGGGAGGGAGGGGGGGGGGGGGGACUGUCCGGUGACUGACAUGGGGAGGGAGGGGGGGGACUGUCCGGUGACUGACAUGGGGAGGGGGGACUGUCCGGUGACUGACGAGGGACUGACAUGGGACUGUCCGGUGACUGACAUGACUGUCCGGGACAUGGGGAGGGAGGGAGGGGGACUGUCCGGUGACUGACAUGGGGAGGAGGGGGGAGGGAAUGUCCGGUGACUGACAUGGGGAGGAGGGGGACGUCCGGUGACUGACAUGGGGAGGGGACUGUCCGGUGACUGAUAUGGGGACUGUCCGGUGACUGGGAUGGGGAGGGGGACGGGAUGUCCGGUGACUGGGAGGAGGGGGACUGUCCGGUGACUGGGAUGGGGAGGGGGACGGACUGUCCGGUGACUGGGGGGAGACUGUCCCAUGGCUGACAUGGGGGGGGGGGACGGUCCGGUGACCGACAUGGGGAGGAGGAGGGGAGACUGUCCCAUGGCUGACAUGGGGGAGGAGGAGGGGGGGUCUGGUGACUGACAUGGGGUGGGGGGAGACUGUCCCAUGGCUGACAUGGGGAGGAGGAGGGGCUGUCCGGUGACUGACAUGGGAGGAGGGGAGACUGUCCCAUGGCUGACAUGGGGGAGGAGGAGGAGGGGGGGGGGCUGUCCGAUGACUGACAUGGGGGGAGGGGGGGCCUCAGAGAGGGCGCCCCGGUCAGCCGAGUUGAAAGCUGUCACCUUAUAGGACAGCCCAUAAUAACCCAUCCCCAUCCCGGAGAGCUGUCACGGUUUCCUACGGGAGCUUUGGCCUGUCUGAGCCGUCACACCCACCUAUGGGAGCGGUUACCCCCUUCCUCUCCGGGUAUUUUAUCAACACAGCUCGCAUUGAAACCCCCCGGAUCUGUCAUCCCCAGACCACUGUGUAGUGUGCUCUCCACAUUGCCUGGCAGAGCUCUCCCACUCCUGGGCGAGAAUCCCCCACUGCCCUCUCCAUUCCCGGGAGUGCCACCCCUCCACUCCUGGAGUGCACCCCCCUCACUCCUAGAGUGUGCCCCAUCUCUAUCAUGCCCUGGGAGUGUCCCACCCCCUACUCAUGUCACGGCAGCUGAGCGAACAUGUGAUUCCUGGAUCUGGUGAUAACUGUAUGGGGGGAGAGAGAGAGAAGAACUCCAGGCACUCCUCAUAUCACCCUGCAUGGGGAUAUCCACUUACAUUCAUUACAGACGUCACCCUUACGAAAGCCAUCUUCAUUAGAGGAAGUGAUGCUUUCAUUCCCUAUAGUUUAAACACUAGAUCCAGGUUGGGGCAAUCUGCAUGCUCUAUAUGUACUUCAGUACCCUGGGCAAGGAUGAUGGAACUGUAUUGACCACAACACUAUCCGUUUAUUACCUUCUUCUCUAAUGGCUUCUGUUUAAAAGGUGCAUACUGGUUGCUUCUAAAGUUAUGAAAUCAUGUAGAGUCUUAAAAACCCAAUUAUUAUAUAAAUUUUAUUUUAUAAUUGUAUUUCUUAUACACUACGAUUAACAACAAAUAAUUAACCUUGCUCAAUCUAACAUGCAUCAAAGAUCACAUUUAACCCCUUCAUAUCUCAUAAUAUAUCGGGACAGGAUGGGCAUAGCAACAAAAAGCUGAUCGUCUUGGUUUGGUAGUUUUACAAAUGGUUCUGCAGAAGUUGUGGUGGCCAGAUGUAGAAUCUGUGGGUUACAGCUGACUUACUCCCACUGAUGAUUCGUUUUUUCCUGUUUCUCUAUGUUGCACCAGUUUGAUAUUAUGAUACAUAUGAGAAUUUUUUGGCACUGCUACCAUUGAUGUUUAUAGGACUUGCGUUAGUCUGGAAAAUUAUUUACUAAUGGUUACUCUUAUCUAAACCAGAGAUGGCCAAAUGGGGCAAACCAAACUUUUAUAGGACUACACCUAUUUAACAUUUUAGUUAUUACUUGCAUGUUUCUCCCCUUCUAUCGAUAACAUACUUUUUCAAAUUAAUUCAAUGUAAUUAACUGGCUCAUAAAUUUUAUGGUUAUUAAUCAGGAUCGGACUGGGGCAAAAGUUUAGCCUGGGUAUUUAAAGGCAGAGCAGCAAAAUAUGAGGGGAUGGAUCCAUAGAGGGGGCGUGUUGCACCAUGAACAAUGACCACACCCAUAACAAAAGUGGGCACGUGAGUUUGAUGUCCCUCCAGGGCAGCCCAUGGCAUAGCCCUGCUGAAGAGCUCUGGUAUGGGAAAAAUGCCCUUUGUUUAGUACAGUGCGAGCGAAUCUAAAGACAUGCUGGUUAUGCAUUUGCUGGUAACUUGUCUCUGUGGAAUACCAGAGGACAAAAGAGGGAAAGGGUUGGGAAGGUGGGAUUGCAUGUAUGGGGAUUGUUUUUUGUUUUUUUUUGGGGGGGGGGAGGAGGUUGUUACAUUUGAGGGGUUGUGUGAGUUUGUAGGCUUUGUGUGUGUGUGUGUGUGCUUCUCUAUUCCUCAUUCCCUGAGACUUGCCUUAGGAGAUCCCUUGAUCUCCCUUGCGGCACACAACCAUCAUGGCCUACCAGACAUAUAUGCCUGAUUUGCCCCAUGGCCAGUUCAGGCUUGGUAAUAACUAUAUUUUCGUUCUGAAUCUGAAAUAUCAAAAAGGAAGCAACAAUAUUGCUGAGUGAAUAUAUAGAGUGGCUAUAGUUGUAGGCGUAUCCUAUAUUUAGCAGCUUUUCUGUCUUCACCUCCAUGUGACAUUUGAGCCCUGUAUGGAGUGGCUGGCAUUUGCAUAAUCAUGAAAAAAUAACACAGCAAAAGGAUAUUAUAUUAGUUGCAGAACGGUGGGUAUGUGUUUGCCACUGUUUGCUGUUUAACAAGCAAAUGUUUUGUGAAUAUUUUUAAGUAUUUUUUAAUGGCUUGGUUAACCCUCUGGGUGCUAGAUUAGUGUGAAUAUUCAUUAUUUUAUGAUCUCAAAUUGUUUAGCCAGGAAUGGUAUAUUUAGCUUAUCACUGGUGUAAUAGCCCAACUUAAAUACUAGAUCCAGGUUGGGCAAUCUGCAGCUCUAUAUGUACUUCAGUACCCUGGGCAAGGAUGAUGGGAACUGUAUUGACCAAAACACUAUCCGCUUGAUCAACCUUGGAUGGAUGACAUACUCUAGUCACUUGACCUUACUUGGAAUUAGACCUGUGACUUUAAGACCCUAAACCUGGAAUCCUAUUAAUCAAUCUAGGACACCAACAUUUAGUGUUUAAUUUUGCAGUUGUGUUACUUGGAGUCUUUGAAAGAUAAACCAAGUUUCUGGGAUUAGUCCCUAGCUAUUUUAAAUUAUAUGACUUUAUUUAAAGGUCUAAUGCCCCAUAAAAGUGUGUGGAUUUUUUAAAUUUAUUUUUUAUUUUUAAAGCCUUUUUAAAAAUGGAUUUAAAUCUUUAUUUAUGAAUAUAAUGCUUCAAUCUCUUAAUUUAAGGAACACUUUAAGCACAAUGACCACUACAGCUCAUAGUGGUUAUGGUGCCAGGGAUGCUGUUUUAGUAAGGUUUGACUUCUUAUCUGGUGUCCUCCAGACACCAUGUGCUGCUUUCAUUACUUCCUCAUGGAGAGCCAGAAGCUUCUGUUUGCUGUCUUUAGCGAAGUCUUGCAUUGCAGAUCUAGCUCAUUGGCUGUGAGUGUUCACUUAUUGUGCUCAGUAAAUUGGCUAAGCACUGCACAGACAGGCUACACUCAGUGAGGAGCGCUUUGAACACUUUCCAUAGAAAGCAGUGGAGGUGAACAAGAACAUCCCACAGACCCUUGUUCUAAAAUAGUUUGACUCCAUAUGUUUGAGGGAGGGGGGAAGAGGCACUCCUAGCACCAUAACCACUACGGCUCUGUCGUGUUUGUUGAGCUUGGAAUGUUACUUUAAUUCCCAAUACAUUUUGCUUGCCUAGUCUUCUAACUCUUGUCAUAAACUAAACAAGAUAUGAGUUCUCGGCUACUAUGUUUGGUAAUAGGACUGUAUAAAGGACAAGAUCGUAAAUCUCUUCAAAUUGGUGUUUUUAAUGUUUUGUGGAUAAGCAAUAUAAGCAGAGCUAUACAAACUUAGUGGACUAUUCUUUUCAGCCUAUGAAACUAUGUAGUUAUGAGUCUGAUCUUCCAUAGUGCUGUUGCUGUUGAGAGCACCUUACUAGUGUACAGGACCAGUUAGAGGUAUGGUGAAGCUGUACAAUGCUCACCCUGCCCUGUCCAGUAUGUCUACUUCUUUUCACCACUCUCAUUGUAUAUUACCUUGACAAGGAGUACUUUUACCAACAUGCUAUAAGAAAGGGUGUGAACUACUCAGCCAAAGCCAGUACAUAUUUCUGGUUUUCCUUUAUGUAAUUAUUAUAGUGUCGCCAUAUUUUGUGUUACUGUACAAUGGGUAAACAAAACAUACAUGUUUAGCCUAAAAGGAACUUGGAUAAAUUUACUUAAGAGGUAAAAAUAAAGGUUGCAUAAACUCUGUGAUCCAGGCAGUAGAUACCAGCAUAGGUUAAUCAUGUUAUCAAAGUGAAUGCAUGUAUAAUUACAUCACUAUUAGAUAAUUUAGAUCAAAGUGCAGAAAAGAACAACUCACCUUUUAUUUCCUCUACUAUCUUUUAUAAAGUUUGUUGCUUUUGUAAAGAAAGAUUGCACAAUUAUAAUGUGCCUUUAGCAGCAGGUGAAAUGUGUAUUGGUAGCAAGAAUAUGAUCAAAUAUCAUUGGUUGACAGAAUAGAGCAAAUAAUGGGCAUGUGUCAUUUGGCUACUGGGGCCUAAUCUGUCUAUCCCCAUACCUGUCAAUAUGUUGCUACUUAGAUUGUGUUUUUAAGAAUCUUGAACAACUGUUCACUUAGACACAUAAUAGACAGUGGGGAGAUUUACAAAAAAUAGGGCUUGGUUCUAAAAGUGGAAAUUGUCUUUUAAAAGAAUGGAAUGUUCCUAUUGAGUUUAUUGGUAUAGCACAGGGGUCCGCAACCUAUGGCCAUGUGUGCCAUGCACGGCACUCGAGGUACUUUUGCACGACACUCAAGGCAGCCAGAGACAAACAGACUCUGGGCUAUCAGGAGUCCCAGUAGGAUUUCAGAUCUUUGCUAGUGCAAGCCGAGCGAUUGAUUACAGGUGGUGAGGGACAAUCCUCAAUUUAUGCAUUGCAGAAUUUAGAGGAAGUGAUCUCUGAUCACUUCAUCUCAGCACUUGUGAAUGGGAAUCUGCACUGGAGUAGAGCAGAAAGUAGCAGCUAUCGCAGCUCCUGUCCUUGACCUGUACCUGGCCAGCCUGGUCUUUAGGGAAACCACCCACACUGCCAGAUAUAUACAGAGCGGCAGAAUAAGCCUCUCCCUCAUACAAAUAAUACUACAAACCGCCCACACAGAAACACACACAGUUACCACAAACGCAACACCACUGGCCACCCCCCACACACACACACACACACACAACCCCACAAGCAGUCUCUUACAUGCAAUACCAUAAGCAGCCCCACACAUACAUCUACAUAUACUCAAUGUGACAUUUCAUCCACACAUACCAUUCCACAAGCAGCCCUCAUACACAGCACAAAUUCAUAGGUAUCAUACACAAUACUGCAAACUAGUCAUAAAAGCCGACAUACUCAAAAAUACAACAAAGCAACUGCAGCACCCAUAAAUUGCACAAUAUGGCAACAUACACACCUAAGUUUAAAAAAAGAUAUUGCUUUGGCACAGUACUACUAAAAUGUUGCCUUUCCCUGCUAUAGAACUUUGUUCCAUUCUUCUGUUACAUUUUAUCUUUCUCGGUCUCUUUUCCAUCUCUCACAUUUGUUGGUAAAUUGAGCCUUGAGAUGUUUUAUUCUUAACAGAAUUAUAUGUUGGAGUAAUAUGCACUUUGCAACCAAUAAAUAUGCAUCUGUUGAGAUGUCUUUAAUUCCCUGAAAACUGAAGAAAAAAAGGAGGUGGGGAAGGGGGUUUAUAUAGCAAUCAAGGUUGAGAAACAUCAAAUUCAGCCUUUCAAAAAUCUCUAUCAAAUGCUCGUUCUGACUGGAUUGGAAUUUCUUAAUAUUAAAAAUGCAAUCAAAAUUAUAAUAUUGAUUCCAUCAUCAGCCUUUGUCAGUUCCCACUGUCAUCUCUUGUGAUGCAUGUGAGAAGGAGGUAUCUUCUCUUUGUUUUAUCAAGGACCUCAAAGGAGUAUAUUUGCUCAUUCAUGAGAGUACAGCAGUGUCAAGGGCUGCUGGCGAAUAACGCCCCAGGAGCUGAAGGGCAAGAAGGUGGAACCUGCUAGGGAGAGCUUUAGGUAAUCAUAUUUGUUUCUACCUCCAGCCAUGGCACACAUGAUAGGCAUCUCACCAAAACUGAUGGGGCAGCCUUAAUAGACACAUGUAAAUGGAAGCAGCUUUUAUGUGUUACUGAACAAAAUGCCAAAUAUAUCUUUAAAUUAUUGCUCUUACAUCUGUCGCCACUCCCAAAACAUCUUAUGGCAACAGUAUAAACAUUUCUGGUGAUAAGUAGCUGGUUUGUUGAUGCACUAUAAUGGAUACAAAUAUUUUGAAAUGUGGUUAAAAUAAGUUUGCUAGAGAUACUCCUGUAUUGUUGGCUUGGUCAGUUUGUAACAUUUCAAUCAGAGGUUUGUUUUACUUUAAAGUGACUCUGUUAGCUAAAACUUACCUUUCUCCUAUUGUUAUCUCUUCUCUUCCUCUUUCCCAAUCUGCUCUUCUUUUCUUAAUUUCUGAACUAUUUCUCGUUAAAACAUAAGACAAAGUAGGACUACUACUAUUUUUUCCCAGUGCCUGACAAAUGUGACAAAACGGCAGAGUUUAACUAAGAAUGUGAUGGGGUGAGAAUGAGGGAGAAAAAAAAAAGUAAAGUUUAAAAAUCAGAAAUAUUAAGUAAAAAGAAUAGAUUAGACAUACGUGAUGAUUGAGGGGGGUUACAGAAUUAUAAUAAAGGCAGAAGAAUAUGGAUAUUUUACUAACUAACUUUUACUAAUUUUGCUGGCUUAUGUUUAAACCUGUACGUUACUAAAGAGUGAUUUGCUGUGUUGUGUAUUGUUAUUCUUUGCUUCUUUUCACCUUUUUGUAGUGCUAUAUUUUCUUACAGACCCUCACGAAAUGAUGGCUUGUAGUUCUUUUAGAUGGCCGUGUAUAUAAGCAGCAAAUUCACAACCUCAGUUGUUUUAAUUCCUAUCACAGGAACAUGUAAUGACAUCUCAGUCUACCAUUAACCCUAUUUUUAUAGAGUAUUGUAAAAGUAUAUUUCAAAUAGUACUGUGCAAGUCGCUAAGUGUGGAUCAUUAGCAAUUUUAGCAGAUCGUGGAUUUAUAUAACUGGUAGAUAGCAUGCUUAAAAUCCCUGGUGACUUAACAUUUCCCUAGUGCUUUAGACAUUGUGAUGGGAGUAAGAAACCAAACUAUUAUUGUGUGCAUUUAGCUCCAAGUAUUUUAAUAUGUGCAAAUGUGUUAUCUAAUGCUGUCUAGAGAUAAGGAAUAACUAUAUUCAGUUGUUGGAGCCUUUUGAAAAGCCAAGAAAACAGUGGUGAGCUUUCUAUCUACCUGUGUAUUAACACGGAGAAGGCAAAGUUCAAGUUUGCAUUGAUUCUGUGGUCAUUGGAAAGCGUUGUUGGAUGUUGACUACCCCCUUGAAGGAUCCCUAUUCCUGUUCGUGUGAGCUGCUAUAGUCUCAGCACAGCAGGGAGUUGUUAGGAAACUUGCGCAAUCAGCCAUGUGUCCUCCCCCUUCCACUUACUCUUCCAAGGACAGCUUUUCUUUUUAAUGUGGUUUUUCUUCUCCUAAUUGCCUACAACAUUGAUAUUCUACAGACUGUAAUUGAUGUAACAAUACUGCUUGAACAUGUUUAGGCAAGCAGCAAAUUAGCAUUCCCAUUAGCCUUAGCCAAAGUGCCCAGCAGUAUCACAGAAAUGAAAUCUGUUGAGGCAGUGGUAUGGUUUGUAGUAUUCCCAACCCUUGACAAUUCUUGUAUUUACUAAAAUUAUGUCUAUUCCAUUUCAUCUGCAAUUAGAGAAGGAAGAGGGGCAAAUUUUGGUAAAAUCUGGCCAAUUGAUUAGCUAAUGUCCUUGUGAAAAUAUUCUUAAAUCUUCCAGAACCCUGUAUUGUAGAGUUUUAUACAGGGUGAAUAAAUAAUCAGGACAUCGUACUAUCCGUGAAACAGAGGAACUUGUUAGAAUAUGCUAUUUUCUGUUUGGGUGUUUUUUUUGGAGAAGGGAUAGGACAGUUUGCAUUAUACUCAAUAUUCACUUGUAUUUGAGAAUAAAUUGGUGCCAAGCUAAUCUCCAAUCAAUAAUUUAGUUUAAUCUUAUAGUUGCUGGAUUGUUGGUAUAGCAUCUGCUUCUCUUCUUGUUUUCUGAACAGGUUAACAUGAAUGAAGCUUCGUUAAGUCUUGUAUGUAUGGUGUGGCUUACUGAAAGAUAUUUAGCGGUGAUUCACUUGAUAUUUAAAGGGUUAUUCCAAGCACAACUGAUAUAUAUAUAUAUAUAUAUAUAUAUAUAUAUAUAUAUAUAUAUAUAUAUAUAUAUAUAUAUAUAUAUAUAUAUAUAUAUAUAUUUUUAUUUUUUUUUUAUUUUUUUUUGUGUGAUUUGAAGUGGUCAUGGCCUCUGGAGUUUGUAUGCUCAGUGUUUUUGCAACCAAGUGCCGCAAGCUGAAGCAGUAGACCCUACUUCCAAAUCAGUUUUGUGUCUUUGGACAGAAUCCAUUGGCCGAGUGUCAGCUGUCACAUCUGGACAAAAUGUAUAUUACGAAGGCAGAAUCUGAACUUCUGUGUUCGUGAUAUCUAUAACAAGGGACCAGAAUUCAGGGAAUUUGUGGUUUGACUCUUAAAAGUAAGAUGACACUAGGGAGAGUGCUUGUAGUGGUUAUGGCUUAGAGUGCCACAAUAAUUAUAAACUACAUUUCUAUACACCAUUACCUUCAGUGAGCCCUAGUGUGUUGUGUUGUGAGUUGACAACUGCCAGAUUCAGGUUAAAACAAGCUGAGAUUGAAAAACAGAUAAACAAUUUGAGCUUAACCGUCUGGUUCCGAAAGGCUAGAUGUUCUUUAUCAGCCCCUGCCAUACACCUUUUACCACUAGUAUGGCUGAGGCACAAUACUGUACUGUUCUUAAAUAUAAAGCACUUGUUUCACAAGGUACAUUGUGUGCAAUUUUACAUGAAUUGAUGCAAAAUUAGUGAUAUUGCCCCACAAAGACUCGUGUCCAUCAAGUUCAGCCAUUCCCACUUGCGGCCGACCUCUCUGCCUUUGGAUUAUUAUUUGAAACCUGUUUUGUCUGUUUGUUCGGUUAUUGCCGGUUGUUUGUUCGUAUUUGGGUGAAUGCAAACAAACAUACAAACUACCGAAUUAGUAAAUUGAGGAGACCCUUGUGGCAAGGGGAUCCCGGUGGUAGCUCUGCACACACAGAAAAAAAGUACGUAGUAACCCGUUUAUAAAAAAGGAGUGGGCACUCAUACAGGAGUAAAGAGAUGGGAAAGGAAUAGGCAAAUGAAAGCCCUAUCUAUACCUAUGAACCAUCUAAAACUCACUGUCUAUGGGAGGACAAGAAUCCUCAAAAUAGCGAGAUAGUGAGAGGUACAGUAUAUAGGGAGGAAGAAGGAGGAGCAGUACAACACUCCAAAAAACCUUUCUCAAUGUAGAUAGUAAGGUCUCCAAAAUAACUCAAGCUGAGCGGAAAAAGAGGUUAAUACCUCACAGAAAGAGAGGAGAGUGCCCACACUAUAAAUAGGAAGACCGGUAAGAUGGCUGUAAUACUAGGUGGAUGAGUCUUCAGGGGUGAGCAAACCCAGCCCCUCAGCUGAGACCAAACCACCCCAACAGAACUGACACUGUCUAACCACAAAGACCUAAAUAAACAGAUAAACUAACUUAACCAAAACAUACUAACUAUCUAAGUGCUACCUAGUGAUAAAAAGUAAAUAACGUGAAGAAACGCUCAACGUCCGUUUCGGUGUAAAGAUACGCCGUCGUCAGGAGCUACUAAGUUGCAUGUCCCACAACCCGGUUUAAAUACCUUCAUAAUUAGGAGGAAAGCCUUUCAGCUGAUCCGGCAUACUGGGAGGGAGGUGAUGUAGAGACGCCACGCCCCCUACCUGCAUCACAUCAAUUAGCCCACAACCAUUGGGUUAACGCUAGGCUAAUCCUACAUGCUGGGAUUGGGGAGGCGAGUGACGUUGAAGCGCCACUCCCCCUACCCAACGUCACAUCAAUCACCCCACAACCAUUGGGUUAACGUUCGGUCAGUCACUGCAGGGGGUGUCUACUAGACACCCUUCCUUCUGACGUCACGGCUAGCAUGAUUGACGGGUGACGAAAUUUGUUGACACCCUAAUAACAGUGUUCGAGCAUAAAUCAACUGCCCCAGCGAUGGUAACGGAAUUGAUCAGUGUUCUAUCCUGGCGUAUAUUCACUGUUAUAGUGGUAAUUACGCUAUGAGACAGUCCCAAUGGUGCAUCACUCAAAAUAUGAUUAAGAUGUCCACUAAGUACAUGUUUAAGAAAUGGGCUUCCACCAUUAACCCCUUAUCAUAGAGAUCUCUCUGUAUUGGUGCUCACACUAUAACGUAAGGAAGGAUUUACACUGGCAUAUUAGGGCUCAUAUCUCCUGAUAUCCUUAGUAUCUACAUGUAGAGCAUCUAUAACAGUAUGAGGGUAUAUGCUGACAUAGGGAUAGCCAGAUUCUUAACUAUUUAAGCAUAUAUAGUGGAAUAUGGAAAUAUAAGGAGAUGCACCAUUUAGGGUAUAAAUACUAGUACUGAAUGGUUGUAGGAAGCAACAUCCAUUUUUUUUUGAUCAGCCAUAAUUUGUAAUUAGGUACAAGCCAGUAGGAUCUAUGCAAGCUAUGUGGUAAAAAAAAAAAAAAAACUUUAAUUAGUUAUUUACAUAUACAGGGAGUGCAGAAUUAUUAGGCAAAUGAGUAUUUUGACCACAUCAUUCUCUUUAUGCAUGUUGUCUUACUCCAAGCUGUAUAGGCUCGAAAGCCUACUACCAAUUAAGCAUAUUAGGUGAUGUGCAUCUCUGUAAUGAGAAGGGGUGUGGUCUAAUGACAUCAACACCCUAUAUCAGGUGUGCAUAAUUAUUAGGCAACUUCCUUUCCUUUGGCAAAAUGGGUCAAAAGAAGGACUUGACAGGCUCAGAAAAGUCAAAAAUAGUGAGAUAUCUUGCAGAGGGAUGCAGCACUCUUAAAAUUGCAAAGCUUCUGAAGCGUGAUCAUCGAACAAUCAAGCGUUUCAUUCAAAAUAGUCAACAGGGUCGCAAGAAGCGUGUGGAAAAACCAAGGCGCAAAAUAACUGCCCAUGAACUGAGAAAAGUCAAGCGUGCAGCUGCCACGAUGCCACUUGCCACCAGUUUGGCCAUAUUUCAGAGCUGCAACAUCACUGGAGUGCCCAAAAGCACAAGGUGUGCAAUACUCAGAGACAUGGCCAAGGUAAGAAAGGCUGAAAGACGACCACCACUGAACAAGACACACAAGCUGAAACAUCAAGACUGGGCCAAGAAAUAUCUCAAGACUGAUUUUUCUAAGGUUUUAUGGACUGAUGAAAUGAGAGUGAGUCUUGAUGGGCCAGAUGGAUGGGCCCGUGGCUGGAUUGGUAAAGGGCAGAGAGCUCCAGUCCGACUCAGACGCCAGCAAGGUGGAGGUGGAGUACUGGUUUGGGCUGGUAUCAUCAAAGAUGAGCUUGUGGGGCCUUUUCGGGUUGAGGAUGGAGUCAAGCUCAACUCCCAGUCCUACUGCCAGUUCCUGGAAGACACCUUCUUCAAGCAGUGGUACAGGAAGAAGUCUGCAUCCUUCAAGAAAAACAUGAUUUUCAUGCAGGACAAUGCUCCAUCACACGCGUCCAAGUACUCCACAGCGUGGCUGGCAAGAAAGGGUAUAAAAGAAGAAAAUCUAAUGACAUGGCCUCCUUGUUCACCUGAUCUGAACCCCAUUGAGAACCUGUGGUCCAUCAUCAAAUGUGAGAUUUACAAGGAGGGAAAACAGUACACCUCUCUGAACAGUGUCUGGGAGGCUGUGGUUGCUGCUGCACGCAAUGUUGAUGGUGAACAGAUCAAAACACUGACAGAAUCCAUGGAUGGCAGGCUUUUGAGUGUCCUUGCAAAGAAAGGUGGAUAUAUUGGUCACUGAUUUGUUUUUGUUUUGUUUUUGAAUGUCAGAAAUGUAUAUUUGUGAAUGUUGAGAUGUUAUAUUGGUUUCACUGGUAAUAAUAAAUAAUUGAAAUGGGUAUAUAUUUGUUUUUUGUUAAGUUGCCUAAUAAUUAUGCACAGUAAUAGUCACCUGCACACACAGAUAUCCCCCUAACAUAGCUAUAACUAAAAACAAACUAAAAACUACUUCCAAAAAUAUUCAGCUUUGAUAUUAAUGAGUUUUUUGGGUUCAUUGAGAACAUGGUUGUUGUUCAAUAAUAAAAUUAAUCCUCAAAAAUACAACUUGCCUAAUAAUUCUGCACUCCCUGUAGACAUAUUUACAGACAGCAUAAAAUCAAGUAGAACAGGUUGGUACAUUAAUUCUGUUGAUGUAAAGUACCUAGACGUCUAUAAGAAUGACGAGAAGGAAAAACCUUAAUUUAGUCCCUGUGGUGAAAGUGUUUUGAAUUUAUAUAUCCAGUAAGAUUCUCUUUGCUUUAGCUUACAGUCCCAAUCCCCUUUCCGUUGGGUAUGAGUUCUGUGCCUAUAAAGCGUAUCCUUUUCCAUCUCUUUACUCCUGUAUGAGUGCCCACUCCUCCUUUUUUAUAAACUGGUUACUACGUAAGUUUUUUUUCUGUGUGUGCAGAGAUACCACUGGGAUCCCCUUGCCACAAGUGUCUCCUCAAUUUACUUGUAUAUUUUUGGGUUACCCCCUACUCUGUAGCUCUGAGGUAGGCACCACCCAGGCUAGAUUUUACACUCCCACACGUUCCUUGUGACUGCGUUGAUCUAUCCUCUCUAUUAUUAUUUUUUGCAAACUACCGAAUGGCAGGCCACCCAGCUGGGAAGUGUGCUGCUCGUUAACCUUUCUGCCCUCAUUAACAUUGUGGUUAACCGCAGACACGUCCAACUCCCGAAUGGUCGGCUGGGUGGUCGUUUGUAUGAACGAACAUGUGGCGGCGGCCAUCUUGGACAGUUGAACGCCCAGCGGUGUUCGUCGACAAACUCAUGGAACUGAUUUCGGACACUGCUUCCCACGAACACUGCUGAAAUCACAGACCAUCCGAUACUCUGUUCCAAAUUCAUACGAACGCCGUGCCAUUCGGUAAAUUGACAAUGCAACGGAACUGUACCAGAUAGUAGACCCAUGGAGCGCAUUCGUUUAGUUGAACGCACAAUGUACAAGACUUUAACUCCAUGGCGAUUGAACUAUAUGUAUGGGAUCUGAGCGCUGUUCGGUUAUAUUGAGCGCUCAGAUCUAAGCUAUGUGGGGAUACGUUGAAUGUGGGGGUUCCGUUCGGUAUAUUUUGAAAUAUGUGUUUUUACCAGUAUUGUAAAAUGGAGGAUAUUUGUUAGGUCUGGAGGUAAUUGAGUUACUUCAAGCACUUAACCCAAACUGUCGCAUUAAGCUAAAGUUUUUGGUGACUAUGGUUUCCCUUUAAGGCAUUACCUACUUAUACAAAAAAACAAUAAGCUUCAACUGUGAUCUAAGAAUACACAUUACUCAGGUGACACCGUGUCAUGCAAGAUGAUUGGGGAGGGUAGAGAUCGGAGGCUUGCGGCUUCCCGUGAUUAUGUUCUAGUCUGUCCUGAAAUUCUUGUACCUUCAAACACUUAAAAAAUAAAAAAAUAAAAAAAGCAAGCCAUUAAUAUUUGCUGCACAAACUUGGAAACCAGGAUAAUUUCAACAUUUUACUAAUGUCAUGAUGACGUAAAGUCCUUAUUUUGUUAAGACGCAUAUUAUGCUUAACUCAAAAUAAAAGUUGAAACUUCAAAUAUUCGUAUAUAACAUUAGUAUUAAACAUGGGCAAUGUCACAGCCAAUCAGAGUAACCCAUAGUAUAUAGCACCUAUAGAGUGUAUGGUUUUUUGUUUGUGUCUCUCUCCGCUUCUGAGGGAAUAAAGACAGUUAAGCAUAAUAUAAGGCUCUGUGUCUUUAUAAAAUUACAGGCUAAACUAACUUUUCACAUUUCCUAAACAUUGAGUGCAUUGUUUAUUCUCCUAGCCUGACACUUGAUAUGGUAGUUACCAGGCAUCAGAGGCUGCUAGAUCUGUUUCAGAGGCUUUGUCUUUCUCAUUAAUUAGCUAACGGUUUAUUAAUGAGAAAUUACACAUCCUCCCAGAUCCACGUCAUCGAAUGUUAGUGUGAUACAAAAGGACACUGGCUAGAAAUUGUACAUAAGCAAAAUUGUUUUACAGGCUUAUUUAAAUCUUUAGUGGUUUUAUAUAUUAUAUGAAGAUUUCCCACUAUAUAUCUUGACCGUAAAGUCCAAUCUGUCCAGAUGCAACGUCUUGGAGCUUAAAGGGACACUGUUGGCACUGUAUCUGCUUCAUCUACUUAAACUGGUUAGAGUGUUUGGAAUCCCCUGGUGCCAUCAUUUCAUUCAGCAUUAAACAUUGUUAAUGCAUUUGUUUUAAUGCUAAACUAGAGCCCCAUGCAGCCCAUCCCCUCUGUGCUGCUUUGGCUAAUGAGGAAGUAUUGGCCUGAGCAGCAAUAGGCAGUGAUUGUUGGUUGAGAGUUUCAGCUGGCUGAUCUUAGCCUAUUAGAGCUCCAGCUGACAGUAUGAAGGGAAUGACAACAAGGAAGUGUGUAAUGUCUGCCUUAGCCAUUACUCCAGAAUGGGCCAAAAUUUGGCCAGCCAUUUUUUAGUGUUGAACGGCUUGAAAAUGCUUUAAUGGUGAGUGGAGGAUUAAAGUGACUACAGUUUCCCUUUUAAACAAUACAGUACAAUAUUAUUCACUAGCGUGUGUAUUGACAGCAAUUCAGAGUGAAUUUUAACAUUUAGUACAAAAUAGGUGACUUGGAAACAUUCCCCAGUCCCCUAUGGUUUGUUUCUCUAUUACCAACAAUUCACACUGCGGCAGUUAAUGCCUUUGCAUGACCAGAUAAUGGAUGUAAUUUGAACUGCUGCAACGUAUAGCAUGGCGUGUUAAGUACAUUUGUUUUUCUACUGGCCUAGCGUGGGCAGAGCUACUUUGUGUAUUAGUGUAAUAUGAGCUGCUGUUUACGUCUCUUCCUAAAAUACUAAUUAAGAAUGGAUGUGUGGAAUAAUAAUGAACGUACACAGAAAGGUUGCUGUAUAGUGUGGUUCUGAUGGUUGUUCUGCCUUUUCUACUACCCAUGGCUUAUGAAAGCCAGGACUUACAGUUUCUGUGGAUUAGAACUAUAAUGAUGCUUAGACAGCCAAAUGGGUUGGCAGGGUGUCAUGAGAUGUGAAACCACAACAUUUGCCAGUGCUUGUAUCUCUUUGCCACCUCCAUGCUGCUUUUCUGUCUUCUCCCUUCUGAUGUUGCCCAAAGUUCUGCCCUUUCUUUGUCUGUUACUGUUCUUGAAAUAUUUACUGGAAUCAUGUUUAAUGGUGGCAGUUCCUAACUAUUUCGCCUUGAUCAUGGCUCUUCUAACUGUACUCUUACACAUUUAACAGAGACAUAUAUUAAAUUGAGAACAUAAUCAAAAUGUUAUUUCUAAAGAACUGGAAAUUGAUCCUAAUCAUAUUAAAGGCAAACAAAGUUUUACUCCCCACUGCAACCAUGGCAUACUCUCCAGGACUGAUCACCAAUGGCAAACAUUUGAUGAGCAUCAUUAAAACCCACAUAUAAAUCAGCAAACCUAUUUGUCCCCUCAAAAUCCAACAAUAUUAAUACUUCUAUUGGAGAUCUGGUCAUACAAAUGAAUCCCUUAAUGAUAAUAUAAUAACAUCUUUAUCCACAUUAUAUAUAGAGCCCAUCAACAUCUGUACAAUAUUAACACCUGCGUGUGUGUAUGCCAGGAUUAUUCUGAAUGCCCUUCUCUCUGAUUAAAUAGAUUGGCUUCUUAUAUUACAUAUAACGUGACACUGUUAUUUGCCGACAAGAUAACUAGUAAGCCUUUUAAAAGCUUGAAAUUCCUGAAGUGCAAAUUAUUAUACUUGGGGGUGGUUGUCAAAGUGUGUGUUUUUCACCUGGCAAUAGACCAGUACCCCAUAAAGCUCUCUUUCUAUAUGGGGAAUUGUAAGGACAACCAAGACAGUUGAGUGGGUAGACAGGUAUAUCCCCACAUAACCACUUGUAAUAGGAAAACUUAACAUGGUGUUUUUGAGCAAUUUUCAUGAAAGUGUAUUUUUUUUUUAAAUUCUUUUUUUUUUAAAUUCUUUUUUUUGUAUUCUGUGCUGCGGUGCUGUGGCUUUUUCUCACUACUAAAGUGUUUGUAUCCACACAAUUUAGGGUUAAUUAGCUUUUUUUUCCCCCAUGCCUUGAAUGUCACCAUUUUUAUGAGGUUUCUGCUAAACAACUGCAUGAAAAUUGUGUGUUUUUCUAUGGAAAUUAAGCACUAGUCCACUAGUGUGGACUGAAUUUACUCAUGUAAACUCUUUUUGCAACUGAGAAGUGCCUGUAGAGCAUCCAUGCUUUUUGGAAGUUAUAUACUGGUAUAUAUUUUUUUUUUGGUACAAAUGGUUGUGAGACGAUCUCAUUGGACGGUGUUACAACAUUUUUGUUGUUAACAUGUUGGUGUUCAUCUGUCUUUGUGGGUGAUAGCGUUAACUUUAACACAUGCACACAUUUUAAAUUCCAGUUUUAUCUCUUCUACCAACUGCACAACAUCAGAAUUCUGAGAAAUUUACUGACUUUUUAUAUUCUCAUUGGCAGAAACACCAAGUUCAAACUUCAAUUGUAUCCCUCUCUUUAAUAAUAAUUUUAAUAAUUCUUCUCUUAAUUGAUUAUUAGUUCUUGGUAUUUUAAACCCCUCCUAUGUUUAUUUUGCUUUUUUAUUAAUGCGGUCUGUCAGUCAUCAGAUAUAGAAAGGUAUGGCGUGCCGGAAUGUGCACAGACUUGAUUCUGAGGGUAGAGCCAAGACUAUGAAUUGUGUACUGUCGAACUUUGUACUUGUAUCCUAAAGAAUAUGGUGGUUAUAUUGGGGGAGGGUGGGGGGAAAUAGGGGAGUUUAAUGCAAGCCAAGAACAGGAAUCUGUAGUCCUGUAUUGCUUGGAGACCACACAAUUCAUUCCUCACUAGAGAUCCAGGAAUAAAAAAAGUCUCAGUUGGAGUUACAAAAACACCAAUCUGUUUGCACAUAGAUGUAUGUUGCCACCAAAUGCAGGUCUGCAUGUUUCAGUUCCUGUGCGGCAUUAUCAAAAACCUUUUCCAACUUUAAAGAUUUAAUUUUUUUUUUUUAAUAAUGAAGUAUAUAUUUUAAAUAAUGCUGUGUUACAGUGGUUUCUACAUCAGUUCUGAAGGAUUGGCAAAUGAAGUUAGUGAUGACUCAACUCUGUUCUAAUGAGGACUCUAAGAUGUUUAAACUACUAGAAUGCAGCGUUCAGAACAGAUGUAGAUUCUGAUUGGUUGUAACAUGGUUUGUUCUUCUCUGGACUGGGCUCUGAUAUAGACCUCUUGUAUAGACCUUUGACAAAACUUGUCUCACUGAAAUUGUAUACUGUGAUCUUCUAGAAUUCAAUAAGACAAGAAAGAGGCAGGAGUAUAACUAAAUGUACUUUUAAACAUUUCCAUCAGAUACCCAAAUUAUUGAAGUUAAAUUGUAGCUAAAAGUGAUUUAGUCUGUUAGUCUUAAUAAUUUUUUGGUAUGUAAUACUUUGUAAACUGACUCAUGGGGGUGUAACAAGAUUAAUUUACAAAAGUGCCAAUUUUUAUUGAAAUCUGCAAAUUUUUUGUAAAAAGGGAUGGAAAAAAAAGCACACGUUUUCACAUAUAAAGCAAGCUGAAUUGCUUUUGGCGUCUGGAGUGCCCCUUUAAUUAUUUGAUACUCUAACAUAGUUAAAACUACUUAACCAUCAUUAUAAUAAAUAACUUUGAGGAAAAUAACUAUGAAUAGAUAAUGUUGUGCUCAUUUUCAUAUUCUAAAUGGCUGUAAAAUGUAACAGAUUGGCUACCGAUCUUAGGGUGUUCGCUAUUAGGACAUGUAUAAAUCCAUAUUCUCUUGUGUUGCUUGUUACACAAGCUUUCUGUCCCACUUCAACUACCUUAAAUCUACAAUCCUUUUUCCACAUUAUUGCCAGUGGCUCCUUUUUUAUUUAUUUUUAUUUUGUCAGUGCUGCGAUUCUGGCAGAUCUGAGAUCUAUAAAAUUCUAAUCUUUGCUCGGUCCUGAAGAGCCUAGUUGAAGGAUACUAGGAACUGGGGAAAAAGGUUAAUCAUUUAAUGUAAUGUUUGGUGAUAAGAAGCGGCUUUCUUCUCAAUAAACUUUGAUCCGAAUAAAGUCCUGUUAAUUGUAACCUUUCACACAGCCAGAAAAAAUGCUUUACUACUUGGUUUUUCAAUAACUACAUUGAUGCAGAGAACAGACUUCCUGUAGUCGUUCCUCCUUAUUUUCUAAUUUUCAUGUGGCAUAAUACAUGUGACUGCACCUUGUGAGGGGAAAAAACCCCCUUAUAUUUCAAGUCCUAGGUUUUAAAGGCAAACUGUGCAAAACUUACUUUGUUUGGCCGACUGUAAUCUAGUUAUGUGUUUAGAAUAGGUUUGCUUUAUAUAAAUUUCACCUAAUCAAGCAGUUGUACAUGUAGCUGUAAUUAGCAGUUGGAAUCUCCGUUUUAAAUUGUGGGUGUACCCAACUUUUCUUAUUUUUAGAAUUAAAAAAAAAAAAAAAAGACAGACUGCAAGAUCUGCUUAAAACUUGCUACACACGGUUUGAGCAGUUUUUAAAGUGAUGUCAUAUAGUAUAAACAGAGCUGGAUUUGCCAGAAGGGAGCUAUCUAAAAGUACCUGCCAACUUGGUUUACCUCACCUGACUACAUAUGUACUCCAUAUGUUCGUUAUAUGUAUAUGUGUAUAUAUGUGUGUGCAUUUUCUUUUAAAUGCAGGCAUGUUUUCAUUUGGGGCAUAUCUAAUAAACUGUGAUAUAGAUUUUUUUAUUUUAUUAUUUUUUUUUGCAGUGGAUUGUUCCUUUUUAACCUUUUCAUUUGUGUGGUAAUUCUAUUUUUAUUUCUUGUGUUGAGUGAUUACGUUUACUGCCUAAAAUCUCAUGUGAAUUCUCCAAACAUGGAACAAGCAGCCGAGAACUUGAUUUUGGGGGGUGGGAAGUAGGAGCAAAUGUGCCUAUAAACACUUGAGAUGUAAAUCUGCCUUCUUAUGGCUGGGCCACUUUAAGACCUCAAUUUAGAAUUUCCAGUCCAGUUGUGAUGGAUUGGAAAGUUCUAAUGUACCGUAGAACCUUCUUUUAGCUACUGAUGGUUUAAUAAAACUCAUUUUGCCACUGAUUGUAUAAUUAAACUUGAUACAUAUAUUAACCAGAAACCCACAAACCACUGGUAAAUGCAAACACUGUUUGUAUUGUUUACAUGUCAUGCAUUUAGUAUUUGCGUAUUACUUAAUAUGUUGGACAUUUCAACAAACAUUUCAAAAAAACCUUGUAUACACUGUAUUCCAAUUGAUGAUGAUAAAAACAAAACAAAAAACUAGUUAAGUGUAAAAGUAUUUAUUUUUAUUCUUUGUUGUUACUAUACAUUAUUUUGUAAAUUUUAUACUAUAUUCUUGUUUUCCUUUAGGAUAUGGAUCUCAUUGAUAUCCUUUGGAAACAAGACAUUGAUUUGGGAGUUGGCCGUGAAGUUUUUGACUAUCAACAAAGACAGAAGGAUUAUGAGCUUGAAAAGCAGAAAAAGCUUGAAAAGGAGAAACUAGAACAACUCCAAAAGGAACAAGAGAAGGCAUUUUACAUGCACCUGCAAUUGGAUGAAGAGACAGGCGAAUUCAUUCCCAUGCAACAUGCUCCACCUGUGGAGAUAGCAGUAGAAUCUGCAACACUUAACAAUUCCUUGCAGGUAAUUAGCUGUGGUCUUUUUCAGUGAAAGGACUAUAUUACUAAACACAUUUUUCAAAAAUGUCAAAAAAAAUUUUUUUUCUUUUUAACUCUAGAAUAAGGAUAGUCUGGGAACAGAAUCCACCCUGUCUUCUGAGGACUUAAUUUAUCUUCUAACUGAUGCAUUCCCCUUUGCGGCUGAUAGUGAGGUAAAUCUUGGCAAAAACACCUAUAUUUCUACUCUUGUUAAUUGCUUUCCAGUAUUACUUUAGUUUGUAUUCAGAAAGGGUUUGUUUCUAUUGUAAUUAGAAUGUUCUCCUAUUUAAACAAAUAAAAAAAUACCCAUUUUGAAGGAAUGCUAUUUAACCUAACCAUUCACCAGUUUUGUAGAUAUUUAGAUUUUUGUAAUUUAUUUUUUGUAGUGGAGCUUAUUUUUAAAAGAAAAGGCUUGCUAUUGAAAAUUCUGUCCCUGGACAGUGGAGACCAAUCACAAUCAAUUUUUUUUAUUUUUGCAUUCUAAAAAUUAGUCUCCACAAUCUGACAUACUAAGUCCAGGAGGAUGGAUGAAAAAUGUAAUCAAACCAACUCCCAAUAUAUGUAUGUUCUGUUCUUCAGCCAUACCAACCAUGGGUACCAGAGGCACCAAUUGAAGGCAACCAGAACUUUCUUUAUUCUGGACCAAACGUGGAAACAGACGGUUUGAAAAACACUGUUGCUGGUGGAGAGAAUGUCCAUGAAAUGGAACAGGCUUGGCAGGAAAUAAUGUCUAUUACAGAGUUAAAGGUACUUUUUCUAUCGUAUUCUAGUAAAUAUUUAUAAUCUACAUAAAUGCAGUUUGUACAUUUAUUCUAGUAAUUUAAUCAAUAAAAAAAACCCCCACUGGAACCAGAUGUUUAACCCCUUAAGGACACAUGACAUGUGUGACAUGUCAUGAUUCCCUUUUUAUUCCAGAAGUUUGGUCCUUAAGGGGUUAAGAUUAGGUUAAGAGUGGAUGUUUGGUUGCUAAUAAUCAUGGGAUUUGAAGUGACAAAACCCAGGUAAAUACAGUUAUCAUUUUGUUGGCAAUUAAUGGUGUGUACCAAACUACAUUACCACUUGUGCAAUAUUAUAUGUCAAACGCUUGAGAAGUUCCUCUGUGCUUCUAAUGUACAUUUAACCUUUUUUCUUUUUCUUUUCAGGGUUUGAACAAUGAAAUGAAUAAUAUGAUCGAUUUGAGUAUGUAUUCAAAUACAGAAUGCCCGGCCCUGACAGACACUGCAAAUAAUUACAGCUUUCUCAAUUCAAUGCCUGCUAUUGAAAAACCAAUUAACAACAUUUCAAAUUUCCCCAACGACUUAGGGGCCUCUUUUGCUACUGGAAUCCCUGACGUAAACACAAAUGCAUCCUUCAGCAUGGAUUCCUUCUGUGACAAUCUCUUGACCCUUAUCGACACAAAAUUGACCAAUGUUGUGCCUUCAGAAGUUGCUUCGAACCAGUGUCUAAAAGAACUUUUAAAUGACACAACUGACAUUAAAGACUUGUCAUUAUGUAAAGCUUUCAAUGGGAACAGUACACCAGAAUUUAACGAUUCUGAUUCUGGGAUUUCAAUCAACACAAGUCCAUGUGGGACAUCACCAGGACAGUCUAUGAAUUCCUCACACUAUGGUGAUGGUCAUUUUGGCUACAGUGAUUCGGAAAUGGAUGACAUGGACAGUGCGCCUGGAAGUGUACACCAGAUCCUUCCAGAAAAAAACAAAAGUACAAUUUCAGAGGAUGCAUUCUUUUCACUCUCACCUUUCAUACCACAAGACAUGGUUUCUUUCGAAAUGGAUGAUCUCAGCCCAUCCGCUAAUGACCUGGUUACUGCCCCUGGCCACUCAAAAGCUCCAUUUACUAAGGACAAGACAUUAAGUCGUUUGGAAGCUCGUUUCACUAGAGAUGAGCAGAGAGCCAAAGCUCUCAAAAUACCAUUCUCUGUGGAUAAAAUUGUUAAUCUUCCUGUGGACGAAUUUAAUGUAAUGAUGUCCAAACAUCAAUUCAAUGAAGCUCAGUUAGCCCUCAUUAGAGAUAUCCGGAGGCGUGGCAAAAAUAAGGUGGCUGCCCAAAAUUGCCGAAAGAGAAAAAUGGAAAAUAUAGUAGAGUUGGAAAACGACCUGGACACGCUGAAAUAUGAAAAAGAAAAAUUACUUACUGAGAAAGGGGAGUACAAUAACAGCCUUUUCCUUCUGAAAAAACAGAUUGGUACCCUCUAUAUGGAGGUCUUCAGUAAGUUACGGGAUGAGGAAGGAAAGCCAUAUUCCUCUCAAGAAUACUCUCUUCAACAAACAAAAGACGGAAAUGUUUUCCUUGUUCCCAAAGCAAAGAAGCUUGAGAUUAAGAAAGAGUAGUAGUGUGCUAGUUUUUGUAGUUUCUUCUUGUUCAUUUUGAAUCGUUAUGCUUCGGGUGGGUAAAUGGGAUCUGCGUAAGGGGUAUAUAGUUCUCUCAAAACUAGCGUCCUUUUUACUCUAGCACUUAAUAUGGACAAAACAAAGACUUAUUAAGAAGAGAAAAAAAAAAUUGCUAUGCCAGCCCAAUUCACUAUAUUUUUUUUUUUUAGACUGUCUCAGGAUUCAAUAUGUAUAAUCAAGUGUAAUAGAAAAUUAAUUUUAAUGUAAAUUAAAUAUUACUUUUGUUUUUGUUUUGUCUUUUUGUUUGUUUAGAGACUAAGUUUGAAAUGCUAAUUCCACAUUGAUGUGAUUUACAAAGUUUGAAUACAUUUUAAGUUUGCUACCCACCAACUAGAGCCAAAGCAAGCUUUCCUAUUAAUAUUCUCUUAUUAUUUGGCAUAGAGAGGUUAACUUUGUUCAUAGACACUGACCCAUCUAUAACGCUAAUUAAACAGGAAGGGUUUGUCUUUUCAUUUGGCCUUUUUAGGCCACAUUUAGUAAAACGAUCUCUCCAGUUAUUCAGUAAAAUGGAAAUACAAUUAUUUUCAGUAAAAGUUAUCUUCUAAAGGUAACUAAAAACUAGGGCAUUUUACCUGAACACAGGCUGUGUAUGUAUUGUGUACCAUUUUAUCUUCUUCAGACUGUGUGCACUCUGGAAAUGAAAUUCCGUUAAAAAAAAAUAAAAUGGAAAAAAUAAUUUCCAAUGUAUAGUCUCUAUUUAAUAUUUUUGGAUAAACUUUUAAAUAAAUUAUUUUCCUUCAAAAUAUUAAAUGAAUCUAUUUUACAAAAAUACAGUAAAUCAUUUGAAAAGCUUUUCCAAAGAUAUUAAAUUGCAGCCCAUGUUGGAUGUUGCAGAAUAUAAACAUGUGCAUGCUUUUAUACUACAUGCAUUAGUUCCUUACUACCACCCUAGUGUCUUUAUUAAGAACUGUAAAUAGCGCAAUACAUCAUAUUUAUAUGAAUAUAUAAAAUUCCUAAUUUGUUUGUCAAAAAAUAUGUACCAAAAAUUUACUACACUAAGCAUAAUUUGAUGAAAAAUACAUUUGUACAUUCAAGUCUUUUUUGUAGAAAGAGCUUUAUUUCUUUAACGCAUCUUUUUAAUUUUAAUGGUUUUAUUUGUAUGUUUUCAUUUAGCAAGACAGAUUACCAUAAAUAAAAAAAUCAAUUUGUUAUUGUAGUCCCUGUGUUCAUUUUAAAUUGUAACAUUAAACUUUUGUCAUUUAUAUGUUAUCUAUAUACUAGGCAAUCACACAGAACAGAUUGUAAUGACCUUCAGACAUGCCAUUAUGGGUUAAAUUAUCUUUUUGAUCAAAUCUGAUUCUGGUUGUAUUAUAGUCAAAUUAAAGUUCCAUCCAAGUUUUGGGGUCCAUUUACAUCCUUUAAAAUCUCUCUUAGAAUGCUGUUGGGACAUAAUAGUGGGUGCCAGAUGUUUGGUAAAGGAGAGCUGUCAUUAAACCUUUCUUUUUUUAAAUGAUUCAUUUUUUUUGAGAUUACAUUUUUGUUUUUAAUUCUGGUUGAAUAGUCAUGUUGGGUCAGACCAUACUGUUAUCUGACCAACUGUUGCUCAAGCCAACAUGCCCUAUAUGAACCUGCAUCCAUCAUAAUAAAAACACAAC